CAAAUACCCGGAAGUAGCUUGGGACUUGUCAACAACGGGCCGACCGAGAUGGUAGAGUCUUCCUAAUCCAAAGUCAAGAUGUUGAUCCCUUGACAUUUUAUUUUUAUUUUUAAUUUUUUUUUUUUAUUUUAGUUUGACUUUAGUUUAGUGGAAUCAUUUUGCCACCAUGACAUAUAAAUACAACUUCUUGGUUUUUACCGCAGCAGUUUGCUGCCUUUUUAACCCUGUCCACAGCUCAGUUCGUUGUGGACACAGCCUCCAAAUCUUGGACUCCCAGGUAGGAGAGAUCCGGAGUUCUGCUUACCACAGCUGGUCCUACCGCUUUGGCUCUACCUAUGACUGCUGGGUCAUCAAAGGUGUUGAAGAUAAACCCGUCGUUCUCAGUUUUUCCCAGUUUUCGGCACGUUGUAAGAAGGAAUGGUUGUCCAUAAAGUCGUCUGCCGGCGGUGACCCAGUUGUGCUUUGUGGGUCCAAGUUGCCGCCACCCAUGGAGUUUCCUUCAGGAAACAUCACUGUGAUACACCACUUCCUCCCUCAUCUGUUCCCGGUGUCAUCGUUUCUCUUGAGUUACGCCAGAGACUCAGGAGACUGUCCUUCAUCAUCAUUCCUAUGCCCGGGGGGGCGUUGCAUUCCUCUGUCCUGGCGCUGCAAUGGCCAAGUGGAGUGUCUCGGUCCUGGGCUUGGGUCAGAUGAGCAAGGCUGCUACGUAGAAGAGGAAACUCCAUCUCCAUUCAAACACACCAGCUCACAGGCGACUCAGGCAAAAGAGGAAACCCACACAGAGAAAACCGACAUUAGGGACUUGGAGAGAAGCGUGCACCUCAAUAAACCACUGAGUUCUGAUCGGUCUUCUGAGGUAGAUGAUCUGUUGGCCCUGCUGAAGAGGGAGGAAGAGCAGCAGCAGGAGGAGGAGGAGGACGAAGAGUCCCAGGAGGAUCAAGAGCAGACUCAAAAACCUCCGUCGGUGACACCAGUCCCCAUCGAGUGGCCUUGUGGCGGACUGCUCCAGAACUUUUAUGGGACCUUCUCUCCUCCCUCCCAACGGGGUCCUGCUCUGAAUUGUGUCUGGACUCUGGAUCCUCAAGAUUCUAGGCCUCUCAGACUGGACCUGCAGCAGCUGGUCCUGGGGUCUGGGGACAAACUGACAAUCUACAACAGGCAGCAGGGAAAAGGAGACAUUCUGAAAAUUAUCACCAGUACCUCCAAUUACAAACCAAUCCAGCUGGAAUCCUCCACCGGCCUCCUCUCUCUGAAGUACGAGACCCUGCCAGGCUCGAAGGGAAAUGGUUUCAAUGCAACCUUUCAUGUGGGAAGCUACUGCCCCCCUUGGGAAGGUCGUUGUGGGGGAACGUCGGGCGGGUGCUUCACACAGGAGCAACGCUGCGAUGGAAAAUGGGACUGUCCUGAGACGGGGAAGGACGAGGAGGGGUGCAGGGGCUGCGGUCCAAACCAGUUCGCCUGUGGGGCGGUGGGUCCGAGGAUGCUGGCGACGGGCCACUUUGCCGGCAGACCUCUGUGUUACCCUGUGAAAGAGCGAUGCAACUACCAGCUGUACUGCACUGACGGCAGCGACGAGAGGGACUGCAGCACGUGUCAGCCGGGGACGUUCCACUGCGACAGUGACAGGUGUCUGUUUGAGAGCUGGCGCUGUGACGGCCAGGUGGACUGCAAAGAUGGCACGGACGAACUCAACUGCACCGUUGUCCUGCCCCGGAAGGUCAUCACUGCUGCGACGGUUGGCAGUCUGGUGUGUGGACUCCUGCUGGUCAUCGCCAUGGGCUGCACCUGUAAACUGUACUCACUCAGGACUAGAGAGUACAGUCUGUUUGCUCCAAUCAGCCGUCAGGAGGCGGAGCUAAUCCAGCAGCAGGCCCCUCCCUCCUAUGGUCAGCUGAUCGCUCAGGGCAUCAUCCCUCCAGUGGAAGACUUUCCCACAGAAAACCCCAACGAGAGCUCCUCCCUCUCCCUGAGAGGAAUCCUCCAGCUCCUCCGUCAGGAUGCCGCCAACUCCCCGCAUCGCAGACGCAGACCACGGUUCGUCCGCCGGGCUGUGCGUAGAAUGAGGAGAUGGGGUCUCAUCCCUAGAGCUCCCUCCUCCAGGUCGACACAAACCUCCAGCUCCAACCAGCAGCAGUCAGACCCCACCUCCUCCGGUCAGGAGCCAGUACGCUCCAUUCCUUCCAGCUCUUCCUCGUCCGCAGUUGAAGCCGUCAACCAGCCGGUGCCUCAGAAACUGGGUUUGUUGGCUCAGUCUGAGCAACGGCAGCAGCAUCAACAAUCUCCUCCACCUGCGCCUGCACCGCCACCUGCUGUUCCUUCUCCACCUCCACCUCCGUACGCUCCUCCGGCUCCUCCACUCACUCCUCCAGUCACCGUGCCUCCCAGCAGCCCUUCUCUGGCCUCAAUCUUCCACACCCUCGGCCUGAGCAUCUCCCUCUUCAGAGGCUCGCCUUCUUCUUCCUCCUCCUCCUCUUCCACCAACUCUAUGCCUCUCUCCACCUCGCCGUCUUUCUCCUCAUCCUCCUCGGACGACGAGGUUCUUCUCAUCCCUCUGUCAGAGGACACCACCUCAGAGGAGGAAGACGUUCCCAUGCUAACCUGAGGAUGACCUUCCGACCUCCACACGUCCCCAGUCCCUCCUCUUAUUUCCGCACUAACAACUUUAUGACAUACCCCGUCCUCUCGCCCUGUAAUUUUUAAACUUCGAAGCACAGGAGUGGUUCACAGCCAGAAGCUUCGGCCUCACUGUGCAAGUCUGGUGCCUUUUCUGAACAUCGCUCUCCACACACACAACCAGGCGUCUGACCCUCUCUAAGUAGAAGGUUUCCUUUGUUAUAAGUUUGUCUGAGGGCGAUGGUCAGUGAGUAUCGUGGUUGAGCACUUAACAAAUUAAUGAACGAGUGAGUGAGUGAGUGAAUGAAAUGCUGGGCUGCACAUGGAAGGAACAUGUUUGCACAGAAAAAUGUUCCUUCUCCUGAAACUAAGGCAGGUGUCGCUGUUACACUGAUGCAGGUUUCAGGUGUUUAUUGCUCUGUAUUCUGGGUGUGAAUGUGUUUGUUUUUAGUCAAACACAGACAGUGGUGUGUGUUUGUAGAUGCUUCUCCUGCCCUCAUGUACCCCACCUCCUCCCCCGGUGAUGUUGUACAACUGGGCCGGUCAAAAAGUUCCGAGACAGAUGUUUUAUCAUUUCUGCGGUUGUCUGAUGUAAAUGACUAGAACCAGUUCAGACCGGUCUCUGUGUCUCUAACAUCUUUAUCAAAAAUCAAGCAUUUAAAGGAAUUCACUGAUGGAAACACCACAAAAAAAGAUUCUAGACUGACAUGGAGGAAAUUAUAUUUCUAUACCCGAAAAAAAAAUCUUUGUUUAUGUCUUAGAACUUUUUGACUUGCCGUUGCACUUACAAAACCUCAUAUUCAGAAAAGUCUUGACUGUAGGAUUGCGUCAGGUUACUGUGAAACACAGAACCAGUUCGGCUGCACUGCUCAUUAUCUGUCACCAUAGACCACUGACCUUCUCUCCUGAUCUAUAACCAAUCAGUGUUUGAGAAAGGAUGAGAAGGGGGAGUGUGAUUGGUCACUGAUCGUCCAAUAGUAGCCUGGCCAAGUGAAUGACCGCUCACACCAUUCCCACUAGAGGUCGCGGACAUGUUCUUUUCCACCAAGUAGUUUUAUGUUUAUGAAUGAAUUUAAAAAACGCACUUAUUAAAACGAACGAAACUCACCACAGCACCAUAUAAAUCAUAUAAGAAGCUAUUAUAUUUGGCAAAUUGAAAAACAAAAACAUUGGAAUUCAAAAUUAUGUGUAGAUACAGGUAAAUAUAUUUUAAGGUUUAAACAAGCAUUUAAACCUACAAUGCCUGUGCAUACCACUAGGGGUCCGUGCAGCUUGAAAAUGUGUGGAGCAACAUGAAGAGGAGCAGACAAUGUGGACCAGUCACUGAAGAAAGCAUGUGACAGGUUAAAGGAGUUAGCCUGGUGCUAGAGUUCUGAAAAUGUCUUUUCUGAAAAUGGGGGUUUGUAAAAGUAAAACAAAAUUGAUAUUAAAAAAAUUCACCCACUAAUUAAGUGCCUUUGUAAGGUUUUAUAUAGGUUUUACGUGAGGUGAAAAAGACAAACAGAGGCAUGUUUUUUUUUCACCAACACUUUUACGUUGCCAUAAACUGAAAACACAACAGUUUUUAUAGUGUUAAAACGUUGGUCUCCCCUAGUUUUUGUUCUUGUUUUGUCCACAAACUAAGCAACAAAAACAUGACAACGAUCAUCGAUCGGCUUCCUAACGACUUGAUGAAGAUGAAAGAAUAUUUGCUGUGGAGUGUUAGCUUCUUUGAGCUAAAAGAAGAUAAAGAUAACGAGGCUGGAUCAAGACUUUUACACUGCACUGUUAGUCGUUUAAAGAAGCAGAGGUGACAAAAGACAAUCUCUUUGGUGCCUGAUUUUAGUGUGUAUGAGGUGUGUGCAGAUUGAUUGAUAAGAAGCCCCUCAUUUACAAAGCAGGGCGGGGCUAAUUAAUUUAACUACCGAUAAAUAAACUUGAAACUUCCAGGCCCUGCAGGGUCACAAUCAGUUCAACCACAACAGAGUUCUUGUUUCUUUUGUUUUGCUGUUUUUAGUUUAUCCUCCUGUUUUUUCUCUGCUGUUUAAGUUGUGUUUGUUUCCUGCUCUUAGCUUCGAUGAAUGUACCAGUUUGGACUAAAACUAAAGAUUCGAGCGAAAAUAAAGAGAGAAAGUGAUUUAAUGAUUUAUCUUUAGGGUCAAUUUCACUGUAAAUAGAAUAAACAUUGUGGCAGAGAUUAAAGAAUUUGCACUUUUA